AUGAGCAGGCCUCUCCUCCUCUCGUUCCUCCUCCCGCUUCUCGCCCUUGCCCAGGACUCGUCUUCGGGAAGCGAACUUCCUCCCGCAGGCUACAACGGGGGCAACGACAACCCGCAAGACCCAAGUGAUGCUGGCGCUGCGGGAUCGCAGAAGGGUGCUUUCUCUCUCUCGGGUGGCGCUAUCGCAGCGAUCAUUGUAGUCGCGGUCCUAGUUGUCCUUGGAUCCAUCGCCUCGGGGGUGCUCUGGUGGCUCGCGAAGAAGCGCCAGUGGGACGUUCGAGCAUCCAUCCGCCGUGCCUCUCGCCGCUUCACCGGCCGCUCCACUGCCGACACGGGCAAGCAGAACCGCCAGAACCGGAGAACAGGCAUCAGACUCAACUCGCCGCCCCCAGGCAAGAACGCCAACAAGGUGCGCGAUAUCGAGAAGGGCCUUCCUCUGUCCAACAAGACGCCGCAGACUACAACUACAAUCACGAGCGUGAUGAGGUGA